UGACUUUAUCUUUUAGUUAGCGUAUAAUAUGUUGUGUAAAAUUGAUUAAAUUAUGAUCCAUAAGAAGAGGGGACUAAGACCUCUCGUUGGAUAGUCCAUAAGAUUAUGUUCAAAUAGUGCUAAGAUGAUGCGAAACAUUGUUUACGGUUUUGUGGUGUUCUUUUCUUUGAGUUAUACUCUCGGAGAAGAGUUCAAUCUCUUUGGAGACGCAGGCCAAGCAUAUUCAGUAGAAGUGAACUUAGGUCAUCCACCACAAAAGUUUAAUUUAUUAGUUGAUACAGGCAGCACUACAUUGGCUAUAGCAUCGCAAGUUCGGCAAGGCGGCAAGUCAUUCUUCAAGGCAAAUGAAUCUAGCACCAUUUGGGACAGUGGCAAAAAGGUGCAAGCCAAAUACUCCCAAGGGAUGUGGGUCGGACACCUGGCGUCAGAUUGGGUGCAGUUCCCAUCACUCUCCAACAUUCCCGAAGUGAGAACAGACUUGGCACUUAUUACAGAAAGCCAUAAAUUCUUCAUGAAUGGGUCUGGAUGGCAGGGUCUUCUAGGCCUGGCAUACCUACCCGUGGGAGCUUGGGGUGAGAACAUUAUUGUUGAGUCCUGGUUAGACUCCGUGGACCGCACUCUCAAGAAACCCAUUUCAUUCCAACUCAAGUUGUGUGGGGUCAAAAGUGCUACUAACGCAACUCAUUAUGGGACCUUUCAAAUGCUUGACGAUGCCACCGAAAACAAAAAUAAUAACCACACAUACCAAACACCAGUUCUCCAUCAACGCUGGUACGAAGUAGGCGUGUUGUCUGUCCGAGUGAUGGAUAAAACUACGGGCGUCAAUAAUACGGCUACUACUCAAAGUCCUGUGGUGACAGAUAUCAAUAAUGAUAUAUGCUUGAAACUGAAUGAAGAGAAGAGCAUCGUAGAUAGCGGCACUACCAACAUCAGGUUGCCUGACACUGUUUUUAGAGAGAUAGUUAGCCAAAUAAGAAAUGCUGUUCCCGAGACUAAUGUGAUUUCAGAUGAAUUUUGGUAUCAUGGAGAGGCGGGGUGUUGGCCGCAGCCGCAGGAAUGGGCGCUGCCCUGGAUAGCAAUAGACCUGCUGAGCGUCGACGCGGACAACCAGUAUUUCACACUCGAAAUACCGCCGCAGAAUUACAUGCGAGUGGUGUCAGCGGGCGAGGCGGGCGCGGACUUCGUGUGCUACAAGCUCGGGCUGGAGGCCGGGACCGAGACCGUGCUCGGCUACACCGCCAUGGAGGGGCUGCAGGUGCUAUUCAACAGAUCAGCCGGCUGGAUUGGCUGGAAAGCUUCCGAUUGCGGCUCGAGCGCGCUGGUCUCUGGCCCCUACAACGCGUCCGCGUCCCUCGUGGCCUCGUGCCGGCUCCGGCGCCCCGUGUCGGAAACGGCGGUUUCCAUACGCGCGGCGCAGUGGGCCCUGUGUGCCAUCUCCAUUAUCGCCGCUGGGGUUCUGGUGUAUCUCUUGGCACCCUGUGUUAAAGCGAUGUGUAAGAAGCCGUUGAGGUUGCAACAGAUAUCGCUGUCGACGGCCGCGUUGGUUGAACAAGAGACGUGAUGGUAACUG